ACUGUCAGUUCUCCAUUCAACACGUACGCGAUGUCUCCCCUAUAAAAUUCGAGGCCCUAGACUCCUUUAUAGUGCGCAAAUAAAUAAAAUAAAUGAAAUUCUCAAGAUUGGUUUAUAUCAGGCGACUGGAGAGUUUAGUAUUCCCGUUUAAUGACUUCUUGUUUGACCUAAAUGCAUUCAGAAGGAAUCUUGUGCCGUUAUUUUAAUGUAAUAUUCGUAGUGAAAUGAACGUAGUUUUGUUGGGUGUUCUUUUCGGUGUUAUUUAUUCAGCGCAAACAGCGACCACAUUUCACUGUUUUUACUGCCACCAAACCUCCAAAGAUUGCAACAAUGGAGUAAAAAUAAAUCUUCACUCUAUUAAUUGCAGUACCAAUAAAUGUUUUGUUUUACAAUAUGAGACUGAAAUGCCAGGCGUCACGGUGUUGGCAACGAUCCGAGGUUGUUACCAGCGACCAGAUCACGAGAUGAUGGGCACGGUGGUCACCGGGAGACACUCUGUCAUUAAAAAGCACUUUCAUCUUUGUAAUCACACUUUGUGUAAUGAAGGAACUGAAAAUUUUAGAAUUAGGGAUAGUACUCGUAUGUUACUUUUAGUACAAAUAGUGUAUUUUUUAUAUUUUUGGACGUAGUAAGAAUAAAUAUAAGAUUAAGUUUU